CGGCGAUGACAGGAAGUGACGUCAUUUCGCACAUGCGCGGAACCGAUCGUUUUGCUAUAAGUACGACCUGUAUAAACGUCCUCGCGAAUCUCCAGCCCUUCUCGGAGCACGCAUCAGAAUGGUGAAACCAUGCAGAAGCUCCGUAAGGAGGGUCAUGGAAUCAAGUGCGGCAAAAGGGACGCCCCCGGUCAUUAUCGUGCCAUCCACCCAGUGUGGCUUCAUUAUUGGCAAGGGCGGUUGUAAGAUGAAAGAGAUCAUGAAGGUGGACAUGGAUAUGCAGCCCAACUCUACAGAGAGAGCCGUUAAUAUCGCUGUGACUCCAGACGUGUGUCCAACAGAUCUGUGUGGUCAUGUUGGAGUGCACAGCAGUGUAGGAAAUAGACUUGGAGCAGGUGCCGUUUGUGAUGGCUGGCUCCUGGCUCAACAGAUUACCACAGCAGGAUCCUUUUUAUAUCAAACCUGAUGUGGAUGCUACGGCUAGCUCUCAUCAACCAAAUGAUAUGAAACUCAGAGGCUCCAAAUGAAAAAAAAAUAAACCAUAUUUUCUAAACUAUAAGUCUCACAUCGUUUUAAUUUGUUUGGCUGGCCCUGCGACAUUUAUUCAGGUGUGAUUUAUAUAUGAAAUUUAACAUGUUUUUAACAGGCAUGAAAACUGGUCAGGGGUGAAAAAGGUGAGAAGGGUGCUCAAGGGCCGUUGUGGCCUCUGUAAACAUUUGACUAGUAACCAAAACCAUGUUUAAUUAAAUGGGUUGAUAAAUGUGGAAAGCUGUAACUGGUAGAAUUCCCUUACUAUUUUACAUCUGCAAUUUUAUUUUGCCAUAAUCUGAUCAUUAGUCGCAAAGCCAUACAAUUUUAAGUUGGCCUUGGAAUAGGGUGGACCUGAAGGCCUACAUCUAAUUUAAAAUGACUUAAUGUAAUUUAACCAGUACUAUAUUGUACAAUUAUGGUUUUUGGGUCAUGGGUUGAAUAAUUUUCAGAUAAGCAAAAAGGUGAUGUGGGAAAAUAAGAACAAAUCAAGAAAUUACAAGCAUAUAAAAUCGAAAAGAACAAAGUAGCAGUAUUGAUUAGUUUUAUAUUAACUUGAUACUGUUUCUCUACCUGUUUUUUAUUAUAUAAAUUAAUAUAAUUGAUCUUUUUAUAAAAGUGAUUUUCCUUUUGAAGCAGUGCAUGCCGGUUAGUAAUUUUCUCUGACUUGAGCUGGCGCUGAAGGCACGUGACACUGUCAUAUGGUUUUCAAGUAACGCAAGGGCGUUUUGAGAGUAGCCGGCUAGCUUCUGAUGACGACACAGCUCUUCGUGAUUGGUUGCCUCACUGAUGACAAUGAUCACGUGCGUUUCAUGUUUAAUCCAACCUUCAGUUCAACAAAUAAACAUAACAUUUAUGCAUCUUAAGGAGUUUUUUUUCUGUUAUAAAACAUGAAUUUAUAAUAUUGUGUUGUAGGGGUGUAACAAUACAUUAAUCUCACAGUUUGA